AGUGUUUCCCUCCCGAAAUGCUAUGUCAUCGCGUUGUCGAACUUAGUCUGCUGCACACCUGGCGGUGCAAUAUCAGGGGAAGCCUCCCGGCUAUUAGUACGUGGGGUCAACUGGCAAGGUCAAUAUAUGCGCCUCGGUAAGCAUUGGCAGAUAAAGCUGUCUCCACCCAUUCUCAGCUACAUUCUGCUCAGAUGGUUGCACUUGCUCGACUUGCUAGGCCUUAUUGCAUACCUGGGCAUACUAGCUCGCUAUGCCUUAGAUCCCUCUUGCGCUGCAGCAGAAACUAUUUCUGGCCUCGACGUUGUAUGCACCGUGUCCAUUGUGGUUUACUGCCUUGCCAGAGUCUUGCAACGGCGGUCGUUGAUGCAAGUCCCUUACUUCAUUGUAGCCCUCGCAUUCCUGUCCAGCUUGCCUUUCACGCCUCAUCCUAACGACAUGGGCUACAAUGCUCUCCUCGUGGCACUGUCUCUCCACAUCCUGCAGCUUCAUCUCCCUUAUCCGCCGAGCCCGUUUUACCUUCUUCCGUUCCAGCAAGUAUUGCCACUGUCUCUGCUUAUUUGGAACGGGGUCUCCAACAUAUACUUACCCGUACUGGCGUUAUUCCUCCCAGCCCUGCUCCUCACCUUAGUCUUGCUGUCACUCUCGCUUGCGGACUCAACGGUCUUUAUCGCCACGCUUGCAUCUCCUUUGGAAGCGCGGAGUGCAUUUCUGCUGUUGCUUCUCAUUCUACUAUUUCUACUCAUAUUUUCGGCAGGAAUGCUCAUCCUUGUCUACCCAUCCGUCUCUUCCCCAGAUACUACAAGUCCAUGGGACAGGUACCCGAGAUCACUUGGCUUAGGAGCUAGGCGGGCCUUCAUUUCGAUUGUUCUAGCGUAUACGGCGCCGUAUGUUAGCAUAACCAGAAGACUUAGAGUAAUCCCUCCGUCUAGCAUUCCUUUAAGGUGGGACGUCCAGGGUCUACCAUUAUAUAUGCACAAAAUACUCAAUUUGAUGACGGUCGGACUUCUACCAUUCGUUCUCGCAGGCAUUUUUCUCUGUGACUCUGUUUCUUAGUUUGUCGUAAUGUUACUGGGCAUCGGGAAGAUAUUCUAUAUGGGUGUGGAUGACUCCAAAGCGUGGCUGAGCGCGAGUGACGCGGUGGC